AUGGACUCUCCAGAGCCGGAUACCCCUAUGGCGGCCGUGUCGGCGCAAACGACGAAAUACGGAAAACUAUUCCAAUCGUACCUUGACCGAGCGACCCCUUUUAUCUCAUAUCGAUGGAUUGGCACGGGAGCCUUGUUCUUCUUCUUCGCACUGCGGAUAUUCCUGGCCCAAGGAUGGUAUAUCGCAGUGGCGUAUUCAUUGGGCAUCUACCUUCUCAACCUAUUCCUCGCCUUCCUAUCCCCUAAAUUCGACCCGUCACUAGAGCAGGAUGAGGAUAUGGAGGACGGCUCCGCGGGCGCAUUGCCGACCAAGGAGACGCAGGAAUUCAAGCCGUUCGUGCGGCGGUUGCCGGAGUUCAAGUUCUGGUACUCCGCGACGCGGGCCAUCGCGAUUGGAUUCAUCUGCAGCUGGUUCGAGAUGUUUGACCUACCGGUGUUCUGGCCCGUCUUGGUGAUGUACUGGUUUAUUCUCUUCAUAUUGACGAUGCGGAAGCAAAUCCAACAUAUGAUCAAGUACCGAUACGUCCCGUUCACCGUGGGCAAGACACGAUAUGCGGGUAGCUCGAGAUGAACGGAUGCGGUCGAUCAUUGACGACGGCCUUUACAUUCAGCGGAGCUUUUGAACUUGGGUAAUAUAACGAGCAUUCGAAACGCAAAGGGAUCAUGGCGAGUCGUCCUGGCCGACAUGUGUCGAUCAGCAAUGGCGUACGGGCUUGGAUUCCAAUAUCAAAAGGUAAUGAGUAUCGGGGGUCAUCGAUUUCCGUAGCGGCUGCUGCGGGUGGGGGGACAUGUACCAUAAGGAUCCAGUCGAAUAUAAUACAUGUGAUCAGGUUAUUCCAGGAUAGAUCCGAUACCGGGAUGGGUGUGUGUCUACCGAUUUCCUCGUUCUAGCAGUUGGCAGUGUGGCGAUGGACAACUUAGUAACGGCGUGGGAAUGUGGGGUUGACGAAGUAGGAGUUUGGACUGCUGCAUGCAAGAGGUCGUUGAUUUUGCCGUUCAGUGAUGCAC